AUGAUGACGCCACAUUUUUACAUGCGCGAAAUCACGCAAAUACAGUCGGGCAAGAAGACCCAUUCCAUAUAUUAUCACACAAAGUUCAUGCUUUCACGGAGGCGUGAAGUUCACGUUGAAAAUUUACUGUCAUCUUUAUUAGUAAUCACAAGAACGUUUUUAAAAAUGUACAAGAUAUUGAUCUGUGCAGUGAUAUUUAUGUUAUCAGAGACAUGCUUGUGUGAAGUUUCAAUCCUAGACAAGACUGAACUGGUUUUAGCUUUUAUGGUACAUCGCCAUGGUGAUCGAACGCCAGUUAAAACAACAAUACAAUUUGCCAGUGACAAAGACUCGGUAUUGGAAAAAACAAAGAAAUACGGCUACGGCCAACUCACAGAUAAAGGUAGAUUACGCGGCUAUGAAUUAGGUAAAUUCAUCCGCCGUCGCUAUGGCUCCCAACUUUCGGAUCAAUACAACGCAUCAGAAAUAUUUAUUCGUUCAACUGAUUCUACUAGAACCAAAAUGACGGUACUGGCGGCCAUGGCUGCUGUUUACCCUCCAGGUAAAGAUAAUUGGAGUAAAGAUAUCAACUGGACUCCCGUACCGUAUACUACUAGGAGAGCGAAAUAUGACAGUCUGUUACCCACAGUAAAUUGUCCAGUUCUCUCUAAUAUUUUCGCGAACAAUUUAUCGAAAUCCCCUCCAACUAUGACAAAGUAUGAACGUGUUAUGGAAGAAAUAUCGAACACCUUUGACAUCAAUGUCUCACUAUCUCCUGUUACACUGUAUGUCAUUAACGAUAUGUUUGUCAGCCAGAUAAGUUUAGGUGUACCGCUUCCCAAAAAUUUGGAGGAUCUGCUUCCUCAAAUAGUAGAAGGUGCAGGACAAGCCAUGGAUAUUUUAUUUGGAGAUGACAAAUACUUAUCUUUGUACUCAGGAGUUCAUCUGCAAGAAUUCUUUGAUGCGGUAGACAAAGUUAUAAAUGGAAGAGAUGUGCCUAGGAUCCAGGUGUACUCUGCCCACGACGACAAUGUAUUCACCUUCAGUUCUAUUACAAGGAUCAAUCCUCGACUAGGUGUGCCCAAGUACGGGUCCUUAUUUUCUCUGGAAUUAAGAAGAGAUUUACAAACUGGAGAGUAUAUUGUAGUGCCUGUAUUUCUUGAAGAACCUGGCGCUGACGAGGUAUACCUCCAAGUAGAUGGAUGCGACGGUUUCUGUGACCUUGACAGCUUUCGUAGUUUGACUUCUACAUAUGUGCUGAACGAGACAGAAUGGAGAACGGCGUGUGGAUUUAGUGAAGAUCUUGAUUUUGAUACAUCUAGUAUUGAUUAA